AUGGCAAUGGCAGCCAUUCUUGGAGCCCUUGCCUUCAUCACUUGUCUUCUCACAACCUCAGCCAAUGCUUGCCCAUCUUCUUCCUGUGGAAACCUCACCAUAAACUACCCUUUCAAACUACAAGACACACAGACAGACAACAAUUGCUCCUACUUCAACCUCUCCUGCACUUCCGACGGAUUUGCCACGCUGGCCCUCCCCCACGCCGGAUCCUUCUACGUUCGCUUCAUUGGUACGUCAUUCAUACAGCUCUUCGAUCCCGGGAAUUGCCUCAUGGCACGCCUGAUGCAAAACCUCGACUUCUCUGAUUCUCCUUUUGACGCCAUUGGCUAUGAGAACUACACAUUCUACACGUGCCCUUCCGACGACUACAUAUUGAACAAGUACAUCUACCCCAUCGACUGCCUCAGCAACUCCACGGAUUCAACCAUUGCCAGCGCCUACUUUUUGCCGGAAGAACUUAUUGGGACCGGUUGCCAGGUGAUCGGCAGCCACAUGCUCCCGGUUAUGUUCCAGCGCCAAUUCGAAUUCGGGGGUAUCUUCAGCGAUCUUUAUCUCACGUGGAACGAUAGAGUAUGCAGCGCCUGUGAAAUGCCAAACGAACAGCCCUCGGAUGGAGUUAAAAAUAGCCCAAUUGGGGAUGGAGAUGGCUCCAACGGCAAAACAUGGGCUAAGUUUAGUACGUCGCCCUUCUUGUUCCCGGCCUUAAUAGCAAUGUCGAUUGUAGUAGGCGUUUGCGCGAUGAUGGCCAGAAAAAUGGCAGCCAGUAGCAGGAACGACGGCAUUCUUGAUUUCCCGAGCGGCGAGGACGGUCAGCCAUCGCCGGCAGCGGCAAGAGGAUUGGACGAGUCGAAGAUCAACGCGUGCACAGAGCUGGUUGUUCUUAGGACAAAUCCAGAAGAGUUCAAUGCAUGUUCGAUAUGUUUGGAAGGUUAUUGUCCUGAAGAGCAAUUAAGAAGCAUUGCUAAAUGUCAGCACAGCUUCCAUGCUCAAUGCAUAGAGCAAUGGUUGAGUAAAAGCACCACUUGUCCUGUUUGUAGAACCAUACUUUCUGACCUUCAUUCUUAAGACUUUCGUUGUUUUCGACAGCAUACGGACGGGGCUGUGUAUGUGUGUUAUAAAUAUGAAUCUUUAUUAAAUAAAGAUAGUAACGAACAACAACGGAAUAUC